AUGAAAGUGGUCAGUGAUGUUUCUGCCAUCGUGGACAUCAUGAAGGGAAAUCUGCGCAAGAUCUCUGGCAUCCUCUCACAAUGGUGCAGGGAGUCCAUGCUGGAGCGGAAGCGGGGGGCAAAGCCCGUGUCAGUCGAGGAAUUCGAGCAAAACCACAAAGCAAGAGUUGGGGUUCGCUUGAUGAACAUGACCGAUGGUGGAAAGGAGAUCCACCGUUAUGUGAAGGAUUCAAGUGAAUCACUUAAGAUUUCCAAGUCGGCUGGAACUUGGAAGGCGUACGUUGACUUUGUGAACAAUGUUGUUAUUGAGGGCUUCGUCUCUGCCAUCGCGGUGUCUCUGCAGUACCUGUGCGAGAUCUUGGAUCCGCUGAUCAUUGCGCGACAUGAGAUGCUUCCUCUCUUUGAUGUUAAGAUCGAGCUGCAGGGCGACGAAAUUGCCUUCGAUCCUCCAUUCGAGGAUGAAGAUGCUCCCAGCCGUACGACUUUGCGCAGCACAAUUGAUGGCUGGCUCAAGGACUUCUUCGCAAUGGCAACCGUGAUGGUGCGUCUCGACUCCAACAUGGGCGAUUACCUGAAUGAAAUCAAGGAACACUUCCAGAUGCAGUGCUUGUUGUCCUUGGUCUCGGAACUGAUUGACAACACCGAGUCCAAGUGCCUGGAGUACCGCGAGAACUUUAUGACGCACUCAUUUCUUUGGACAGACAGCGUGGAGAAGACCUUCGACCGUUUCUUGCAAGAGGAUCCGAAGGAGCUGGUGGAGUUCGAAGAGGGCGGGAUGAGCUUCCGGGAGAUCAUGCACCGGAUUAAGGUGGAUCUGGGCCCCGUGAUCCCUUCCUUAGAGCGCUUCGAGAAGGAAGUCGCCCGCUUCGAGCACCUGAAACAGGAGCUGUCCAUGAAGAAGACCCCCACCGACAUCCAUUGGUUGCGCAUUGAUGCGCAGCCUGUCAAGGUCACUCUCGUGAAUUGCGCGAGAAAGUGGGAAGAGAAGUACACCGGCUUUUUGCGUACCUUCGUCGAGGACCGGAUUUCCUCUCUCAGCACCUUCAUCGACUCUGUAAGGACUGGAUUGGGGCCGCCUUCAGCUGCGGAGAAUCCAGAGGACGAGCGCCUUCUGUACCAGACGAUGACGAAGAUUCGUGACGUGAAGCUGGCACGUGGCGCCAUGCAGAGGUUGUUCCAUCCCUUGCGGGAGCAGGUGCAGAUGCUGAAGAAACACCAUGCAAACAUCUCCGAGGAAUGUUGGAACAACCUGGAGCAAGCUCCAGCACACUGGGCAGAGGUGGACAGGGCCGCCUUCAACGAGAAGGAGAAGAUUCUGCCUCUGCAGAAUCAGGAGAUGCAGAAGAUCCGGGUGAAGAUCGAGGGCUUUCGCGAGGACGUUCGCAACUUCCGUGCCGAGUUCCUGGAGCGAUGCCCCUUCGGCAGUGAGCACGCGAUCACUGGCUCCUACGACAAAAGUUAUGCUAUCAUCAAUGAGUACUACGGCAGGACCAUGGAGAUACAAGCUCGGGCAGAGCAGUUCAACGUCCCGGCCUCACUUGAGCUGCUCUCGGCUCGUGGUGCGCGUGGUGUCGACUUCCAGGACUUGGAGCUGCUCUUUGACAUGGCCAUGAGCGACUACCGUCCCUUGCAGGGGAGCGACUGUCUUAGCAACCUGGUACUGCUGAAGAAUCUUUGGGAUCUGAUUGUGCUGGUGCGCGAGACCUUCUCGGCUUGGUACAGCGUGCCUUGGGAGAAGAUCGACACUGGGCAGAUGCUGGUCACGGUGCGCGAGCUUGCGCAGCAGGUGCGCAGUGCGCAGAAGGGGCUCCGAGCCUGGCCGCUCUAUGCCUGGCUUCAAGACGAGGUUAAGAACAUGUCCGCAGCACUGCCGCUGGUCAAUGAAUUGCACUCGGACACCAUGAGGGACCGGCACUGGGCCCUGCUCAUGGCGGUCACCAAGAAGACGUUUGAGAAGGGGCCAGAGUUCAGCUUUCGGCACCUCCUCGAGGUGGAGCUGCACCACUUCUCGUCUGAUGUAUACGACAUUGUCGACCAAAGCGUAAAAGAAGCCAAGAUCGAGGGUAAGCUGGAUGGCAUCCGCAAGACCUGGUCCAAGAUGAGCGUGGAUUUCGACAACACCCGAGAGGACUGCCCUCUGCUGGCAGACCUUUCGGAGGUUCUGGAGCGCCUUGAAUCAGACUCUCUGGAGAUGCUCUCCAUGGCCUCACAGGUCCCCGUUCUGCAGCGCCCAGAGUGA